ACUCAGCCGUCAUCACUCUCAUCAUCUCUUCCGUGCCAGCUUGCACUUUCCGUGGAGCGCUUAUCUCUCUCUCUCCUUUGCUCGGGAUCCCGGCCAUGGCGAUGUGGAGGGCUGCCGCCAGGCAGCUCGUCGACCGGGCGCUCGGAUCCAGGGCCGCGCACACGUCAGCGGGCAGCAAGAAGAUCGUGGGUGUCUUCUACAAGGCCGGUGAGCACGCCGACAAGAACCCCAACUUCGUCGGCUGCGUCGAGGGCGCCCUCGGCAUACGCAACUGGCUCGAAUCCAAGGGACAUCACUACAUUGUCACCGACGACAAGGAAGGGCCCAACAGCGAGCUGGAGAAGCACAUCGAAGACAUGCACGUCCUGAUAACCACCCCGUUCCACCCAGCCUAUGUUUCUGCAGAGAGGAUCAAGAAGGCAAAGAACCUUGAGCUGCUUCUCACGGCUGGGAUUGGCUCGGAUCAUAUUGAUUUACCAGCUGCUGCUGCUGCGGGCUUGACUGUUGCAGAAGUCACUGGAAGUAACACCGUCUCUGUGGCAGAAGAUGAGCUCAUGCGCAUCUUGAUUCUGGUCAGGAACUUCUUGCCUGGCUAUCAACAGGUCGUUCAAGGUGAAUGGGAUGUUGCAGGCAUUGCCCAUAGAGCUUAUGAUCUUGAGGGAAAGACUGUUGGAACUGUCGGGGCUGGUCGUAUUGGCAGGCUCUUACUUCAGCGUCUGAAGCCCUUCAACUGCAAUCUGCUCUACCAUGACAGGCUUCAGAUUAACCCAGAGCUUGAAAAGGAAAUUGGGGCGAAAUUUGAAGAGGACCUCGAUGCUAUGCUUCCAAAGUGUGAUGUCAUUGUGAUCAACACACCUCUUACCGAGAAAACAAGAGGCAUGUUCAAUAAAGAAAAGAUUGCAAAGAUGAAGAAAGGUGUAAUCGUCGUGAAUAAUGCUCGUGGAGGAAUCAUGGACGCCCAGGCAGUAGCUGAUGCUUGUUCCAGCGGUCACAUUGCUGGAUAUGGAGGCGAUGUCUGGUUUCCCCAACCUGCACCGAAGGAUCACCCAUGGCGCUACAUGCCUAAUCAUGCAAUGACCCCUCACAUCUCUGGGACUACCAUUGAUGCACAGCUGAGGUACGCCGCGGGGGUGAAGGACAUGUUGGACAGGUACUUCAAGGGCGAGGACUUCCCGGCAGAGAACUACAUCGUCAAGGAAGGAGAGCUCGCCAGCCAGUACAAGUAGAGCACCAACUGUCGGCGCUGCAUGGUGACCUACCUGGAGCGAGGUGCCAGAGUAGAAACCAGACCAUUCUGUUGUUGUACCAUUGUGCUCUACUCUGGCUGGGGUUGCCAGGGCAGAGAACGGGAAUAAUGUUUUUUUCUUGCGAAUUAACGCAAAUAAUGGUUACCUGCUUGGGGUUGCAACCCCGAUCGACAAUCGUGGCAGUGAAUAGAAAGCUUUAGGAUCAGACUAUCAA